AUUGUCUAAAUAAUAGUUUUGUGGGCAAGUAUGAGUCAAAUAGGGCUGGAUUUUGAUCACAACAAUUUGUUGGAAACAUAAGUCACAAGAUGAUCAUAUGAGUCUGGUGUGUCUAUGUCAAACAUGACUAAAGUUUUCAUGCUCUGUUAGCAAGCAACAGGGCCCGAGUCUUUGAAUUUGAAAUAAUAGGAGGGUAAAGGCUCCAAUACAUGAUACUCUUAUCUCAAAACUGAAAGCACAUCCUCUUAAACAGCGAUUAAAGUAGGCGAUAAGGAGAUAAAACACGCGGGAAUCAACCAUAAUGCAUCAGUAUUUUUGCAGACGACAUCAGCAGAGUGGAUGAUCAUGCGGACAGAUUGAAUUAAACUGAAAACUAACAAGAAGUUGAUUUUGAAAUCUCAAAUCAAUUACAAUAUUAAGAAUAUAACAGUUACUUCAAGUUAAAUAUAAUUAUUUUGAAUCAGUGAAUGAAACGACACUUGAUGGACAAAAAUGACGAGAAUGACAUGACAAACAAAGUCUCAGGGACUCUUGGGACAAUAUAUAGAAUCCCGAAUACUAUUAGGGCUUUGAUGACCUCGCCAGCUUGGGAACUCUAGACUGUAAAGGAAAUUGUCAUCUUUGAAGUCAAAACAAGAUAUCGUAAGCAACAAGUAGUGGAUGUAAUACAACCCCAGGAAACAAUCUUCAGAGGGAUCACUAGAAAACAGGUUCCCAAAUACGAUUCCAAAAUAAGUUGACAUUGAUUUUUUUAUUCUCCAUCAUGAGUAGCUAUACGUUGGCCCACCAGCCGAACACAAGCUAUAGUUUUGAUAAACUUCAAAACUAUCCACAUAUUCCUAAUAUUAACAAUAACUCUAGAGGUUUCUCUGUUAGUCAUCUGCUCGACUUACAGGGCCCUGUCCAACGCCAGGAUUGUGCCAUGUACAACGCUGUCAACCAACACACAAGUGAUGCGAAGACGAAUCUCCAGGGACCACCGAAACCACAGGGUCAAGCUGGACAGCCCCCUGGUUUGAGCCCCCAUAUAGACGAGCAAAUAAGUCAACAGAGGCGACACAUGGAUGAAGUUCACCCACAUACCCAGGAUGAACAGAAUAUGCAGAGACCUACAUGUCAAGCAACAGAAUCUGAACUAGAGAGCUGCGAGACGAAGAAGAGAAAGAAACAGCGCCGCAACAGGACCACAUUCAACAGUACCCAGCUUGCCGCAUUGGAGCGAGUCUUCGAGAGGACGCACUACCCAGACGCCUUCGUACGAGAGGAACUGGCCAGGAGGGUGACACUCAGCGAAGCAAGAGUUCAGGUUUGGUUCCAGAACAGGAGAGCCAAAUUCAGACGUAACGAACGCAAUGUUCUCUCUCAGCGGAGUCCACUUUAUUCCCAUUCUUCUGAAUCCGCAAGUCCUCCACUCUCAGAUCAACCAAUCACAGCUCGCCCUAGUCCAAUAACUGGAGAUUACCUGACAUGGCCGUCCUCAACCACCAGCGCCCCCUAUUCAGGAACGCAGACGAUUAAUACGUCAUCAACAGCCAAUCUAAACACGUUAUCGAGUUGUGCUCUUGCAAACAAUAAAUACAAUACUACCUCUCCAAAUAUUGUAGGAAAUAGCAUUACUAAUCUCAGACUAAAAGCACAGGAGUAUCACAUGUCCCAGCAUUAUUCAAGCUCACAAAUGGCGCAGUGUCCACAAUGAACCAAUAACAAUGGACGUCAGUAGUACAUAGAAGCGAGUUGAUAGGCAAUGCCACACUAGACAGAAUAAAGAUCACGAUAUGCAUAAUGUGAUGUUCUCAAUGAUAGUAGUGAUAAAAUAACCCGUGGUCAAGGUCACUGCACAGAUACGGAAAGGAAUUAUGACGACAUUGGAAAGAGCGAACAGGUCUUAAGUAACAGGUCUUCGUUGGCCAGUGUCUAUAAAUAAAUGCAAAUAGGCUGCAAAAGCUGCAAGUGAAGCACCCUUUCGAAAGGUAGCUCACGGCGUUGAAUAAUGACUGCGAUGAAUGUAAAGUGUAAAGGUGCACACAUAUUCUCUUACAUAAAGAAACAGUCUUUAAAAUCAUAUAGAAUGGCAAGAUACAUAUACCACAUUAUGUUAGCCGAAGCGAUUUUUGUAUUGUGUUCAGCACCUGAUGGGCACGCGCACUAUUACAGUGAUUUGUACAACUGUUUCGUUGCAACGAGGACGUCUAUCUCGAGUUAGAUGUCCUUGGUUGCAACGAUCAAAGUGUUUCUACCAAUGACAUUUUCAUUAUCCCAAUGUUGAAAUAUAUGAAAUAUGAAAUAUAACUAUAAGAUAAUGAAGCAGCUAUUUAGCCUAAACGGACCACAUCAGCAAACUAGCUUAAAUGUGUCCAUUGAAAGCAUCAAGGCUUGAGGGGUGUCUAUCCGUCGCACUAUACAAAAGCACUCUAUAGAAGAGAUCAGUGACCAUGCACAAUGAAACAAUUUUAUACAUCAUGAAAAGAUAAAAAUUAUAAUAUCAAUUAGGCCUACAACAAUAUUUACCCCUCCCCUUUUCAUCUGGUUUUGUAGAAAAUAUUUUGCAAUGUGUGAAAAGAAUUUAAGCUCAAGACUCAAUGCAUUGUUGCUGCAUCAUUCCACUCAGAU